AUUUGAACCAACAAAAUGCAACGUUUGUGCCUGUACACGGUGCGCGCGCUUCGCACCCGAAAGCCCUCGCGUCUCUACUCCAAAUACCAAUUUAAGGAGCCAAAAACCUUCUACUAUCCCGAUCGUAAGGCAGAAACUGAACGCAAGAGCGGCGGCGGCGGGGUGGUCAAUGAGCAAACGCAACGCCAGCAGCUCGAACCCAGCUGCAAGCCGCGGGACUUUUACUACAAGGUGCUGGGCGUGGGCAAGUACGCCAGCAGCAAGGAGAUACGCAAUGCCUACCUGAUGCUGGCCAAGCGCUAUCAUCCGGACAAGAUGCGCUCGGAGAAGUCACUGAAACACUUUCAGGACAUCUCGAAUGCCUAUCACAUCCUCACAGACGACAACAAGCGGCUGGAGUAUGACCAGCUGGGCGGUGUCACGGACGAGCAGGCAUUCCUCGAGCUGGCCACGGUCAAUCCGACCAUUUUGGGGCAGAAGCUGAACGAAGCAAAGAAGCUACAAGCGGAAACCGAUGCCAGCGAUGAAAUCAACAAACUGAUGCGCGCCAAGGGCAAAAACUGCGAGCUCGAGCUCAAGCUCAGCUUUGAGGAAGCCGCCAAUGGCUGCAAGAAGCGCUUGGACGUGCGCUACCUGCGCAAGUGCGCCAAGUGCGGUGGCAAGUCGCAGCUCAUGACCCACCGCGAUGUCGGCAAGGAGCCCUGUCGACGCUGCAAUGGCUCCGGGCAGCUGACCCGACGCACCGUGACCUUUACAUCCGCCAAGACUUGCGAGCAGUGCAAGGGCAAGGGCUACAUCAAUCGUCGCGACUGCGAGCCGUGCGGCAAUCGCGGUUUUAUAGUGUCCGGUGUCGAGGUGCUGGUCAAGGUGCCGCCUGGCUCCAAGGACGGCGAAGUGAUGACCAUCCAGAACCCAAACACCAACGAACGCAUCAACUAUCGCCUGGUGGUCGAGCGCAGUGACUACUUUCGCCGUGAUGGCCUGAAUGUGUACAGCGACAAGUUGCUCACCAUAUCGCAGGCCAUUUUGGGCGGCACUUUCACCGUGCCCGGCCUCCACGAGCCCGUGGAGCUACGCGGCCCCGGAACGCAGCCAAACACCCAGAUAAUAAUCAAGAGCAGAGGCAUACGCUCCGAGCAGGGUGUGGGCAACCACAUAGUCACUUUGAAGGUGUUUAUACCCACGAAACUGUCCAUGAAGCAGCGUCUGCUGUUCUUGGGUUUGGCCCAGGCGGAGGAUCCCAUUUUCGAGCGUCAAACCUCAAGCUCCUAUAGGAACUCCAAACUCUAACUGUGUUAAAUUAUCUGCUCUAAUAUAUUUUGUCAAUUAUUCUGUUAAA